AUGACCUCGGAGCAACCGACGCAAGAGCUGCGCCACGUCGCUGCCAGCGAAGCCCAGCGCCUCGUCCAAGACAUCCUCCAAGGCAACGGCGUCGGUGCCGAAAACGCCGCCAUCAUCGCCCGAGGUCUCAUCGCGGCGGACCUCCGGGGCGUCGACACGCACGGCAUGAACCGCAUCCCGUCCUACAUGGAGCGGAUCCGGCAGGGCGUCCUCGACGCGACCGCCACGCCGACGGUCACGCCCGUGACGCCCGUGGUGGCGCAGGUCGACGGGCGCAACGGGUUCGGGUUCCUGGCGGCGCACGCGGGCAUGGCGGCGUGCAUCGCGUCGGCGCGGACGUACGGCAUCGGCAUGGCCAGCGUCAAGCACUCGAACCACUUUGGCAUGAGCGCCUGGAUCGUGCAGCAGGCGCUCGACGCCGACAUGAUGAGCCUCGUCUUCACCAACUCGAGCCCGGCGCUGGCGCCCUGGGGCGGCCGCAGCAGCCUGAUUGGCGUGUCGCCGCUGGCGUGCGGCGCGCCCGGCCGCGACCCGUCGUCGCACUUCAUCCUCGACAUGGCGCCGUCUGUCGCCGCGCGCGGCAAGAUCUACAAGGCCAAGCGGCGCGGCGAGCGCAUCCCCGCCGACUGGGCGCUCGAUGCCGGGGGCCGCCCGACGGACGACCCCGCGGCGGCGCUGGGCGGCGUGAUGUUGCCGAUGGGCGGGCCCAAGGGUUCCGGCCUGGCGGUCAUGAUGGAUGUCUUUUCCGGCGUCUUGUCCGGGUCGGCGUUUGCGGGGCAUGUGACGGGGCCGUAUGAUCCGUCCAGGCCGGCUGACGUUGGGCACUUUUUGCUGGCGAUGAAGCCGGAUCUGUUUAUGAGCCUGGAUGAGUUCCGCGACCGUAUGCAGUAUCUGUACGAUAGGGUUACGGGGUCGGAAAAGGCGGCCGGCGUGGAGAGGAUCUACUUUCCGGGCGAGCUGGAGCAGUUGGCGCAGAGGGAGCGUGAGAAGACGGGUAUCCCGCUCGUCCAGGCCGAGAUUAAUGCUUUAAAUGCUGAAGCAGAAAAGGUAUCAGCAGCACCACUGGUUACUCUGUAA